AUGAGAAGAAUGGCUCUUAAGAAAUUGAAGGUGAUACCAAAGGAAGGUUACUUAUUACUUUUGGACUUUGAUGAUGAGGACGAUGACAUAAAAGUUUCAGAGGAGGCUCUUUCGGAAGUAAAAAGCCCAGCAUUUGAUAAAAAUGAGAAUAUAUCGCCUCAAGCAGAAGCAGAUGAAGAUAUGGGAGAUGAAGUAGACAGUAUAUUGGAUAAAUCUGAAGAUGACAUUUAUAAGACGCUUCACAUAAAGAGAAAAUGGAUGGAAACUUAUGUCAAAGAAUCUUUCAAAGGCAGCAACCAGAAAUUAGAAAGAUUUUGCAAAACGAACGAACGAGAGAGGAAGAACAUCAACAACAAAUUUUGUGAGCAGUAUAUAACUACAUUUCAGAAGUCUGAUAUGGAUGUACAGAAAUUCAAUGAAGAAAAAGAAAAAUCAGUGAAUAGUUGUCAAAAAGAACAACAAGCAUUGAAACUGUCCAAAUGUAGUCAGAACCAGACCCUGGAAGCAGUUAAAGAAAUGCAUGAGAAGUCCAUGGAGGUUUUGAUGAACUUGGGGACCAAGAACUAA